AUGAGAAAAUCAACUCCUAAGUUUGGCCAUAAUGUUAUUCAAAAGGGUCGUAUAAUAUCAAAACCUAUUGUUCAACCAAGACCUGCUGAUCAAGUUGAAAUGCCUGAAUUACAGUCAGAUGAUAAAAAUCGAAAUAAGCCUAAAUAUAUUACUCAUGGUGAUAUUCUUUUUUCGACUGACGAAAUUCAAUCUUCUCGUUCGAAACGAUUCAAACGUAAAAUAAUUUCUGAGACAAAUAUUUUUGGUCUAAGUAAUCGAUGGCCACUCGGAAUCGUACCUUAUGAAUUUAUAUCAGGAAUAGAUUAUCGUGUACAACAAAAUGUAUUGAAUGCUAUUCAACAUUGGCAUGAACAUACAUGUAUUCGUUUUGAACCUUAUAAUCCAUCACAUCAUUGGAAUAUAGGUGCAAAAAUUAUCGUUGAAGAUACUGGAUCAGGAUGUGCCACAUUUGUUGGUUACAAACCAGCUUCAAAUGGUUAUUAUCCAACUUAUUCUCUUUAUUUACCUGUAACUUGUCCACUUGGUUCAGCUAUUCAUGAAUUAGGACAUGUUAUUGGUUUUUAUCAUGAAAUGGCUCGUGCAGAUCGUGAUCAAGAAAUAAAUAUACAGUUUCAUUUAAUGUCAACAAGUGAAGCAACACAAUAUGAGAUAAUGUUACUUCCAAUACAUGAUUAUUAUGGUCAACCUUAUGAUCUUGGUUCUAUAAUGCAUUAUUAUCCUACAAAUGGUAUGGGAGCUCGUGAUAAUCGACGUACGUUUCUCAUGGGUCAACGCGCAUCAUUAUCAUAUCUUGAUAAAAAAUUAGCAAAUUUAGGUUAUCAUUGUGAUGAUAUAUGUAAAACAAAGCCUAUAUGUGAAAAUGAAGGUUAUGUUAAUCAACAUUGUCAUUGUACAUGUCCAGAUGGUUUUUAUGGUGAACAAUGUAAUUUAUUACAAGGAUAUUUAACAACACCUUGGCAUCUUCCAGAAAAUAAUUUUAAUUUUAAUUCAAUAGAAAAAGAAAAACCUCAAACAAUGUCAAUGCCAUUGUCAAAAACUUCGACAAGUGAAACUUUCACGAAUAAUGGUGUUCGAUGGCUUGAAUGGAGUGAUUGGUCUAAUUGUAGUGAAUCUUGUGGUAGUGGUGUUCGUGUUCGUACACGUGUAUGUUCGAGCACAGUUAUCGAUGGUAGUUCAGAGCCAUGUUCUUUUUUAAGAGAAGCUGAUAUUAUUAUGAGUUGUACAUUUGAUCUUGCUGAUGAAUUAUGUCCAAUAAGAAUUAAUAAUAAUAAUUGGCAAAUACAAGAAGGAAUACAAGCAGAUCAAAUUCAACCUAUUAAUGAUCAUACACUUGGAGAUGGAAAAUAUCUUAUUAUAACUGGAAUUAGAAAUCGAUUGAAUGAUUCAGAAAAAUUUCAAUUAGGUCCAUUUACUCAUUUGAAACCGUCGAAUGAAAAAAGUCAUUGCUUACAAUUUUGGUAUUCCAUAUAUGGACAAGGUACUGGUAAACUUACCAUUGCAUAUAAUAAAACAAAUGAUUAUCCAAAUGAAUAUUCAUUUACAUUUAAUUGGAACGAUCAAGACAAAAAUUGGAAACAAAUUCAACGAACAAUUUCAAAUGUUUAUGAAUAUAAACUUAUUUUUGCAUAUGAAUCAACAACAUCUGAAUAUGAUUAUAUUGCUAUUGAUGAUAUUAGUAUUAUCAAUGGAGCAUGUGUGCCAAAGAAAAUAAAUAAUCAACGUCGUCGAAAACGACGACAAAUUAACCCAGGUUGUAGUCGUGUUAUUGAUUUAACAACAACGAAUACAAUUGCAUCAAUAACAUCACCAAAUUAUCCAAAUUUUUACCCAACAAAUGCUCAAUGUUAUUAUUACAUUCGAGCACCACAAACUUAUCGAGUUAUACUUCAAUUUACAGAUUUCAAUAUACCGACAUAUAACAGAAAUAGUUGUGAUGAUUCUGUUGAAAUACGUUAUUAUCAUCUUGGACAACCAGGUCCAACUUACUGUGGAACAGGUGCUAAUUCUAAUAAUUUACAAUUUGUUAGUUCAAAAAAUUAUAUAAUGAUUGUUUUUCGAUCAGAUCAAAAUACUGCUGGACGUGGUUUUCGUGCACAAGCGAUACUUGCUCAGUAG